AUGCGGAGGAAAGCAAAGCAGCAGAGAAUGGCAAGCAAGCAGAAGGAAAAAGCAGGUGGGGAGGGAAGCAAAGGAAAGCAGGUUGAACCCAGGGGGGAGCAAGCAAGCAGAGUAAGGAAAAAGCAGGUGAAGGAAGAGAGCAGGGAAGCAGACGUCGAAGAGCAAGCAAAACAGAAAGCAAAAACUAUCAAAAAGCAAAAGAAAGCAAUCAAGCAAUCGGAAAAAGGUAAUGAGAGAAGAAAGCAAAAGCAGGCAGAGGUGGAUUAG